AUGUCGGGCCAAGUCAGGCAGAGGUUCGCUAAGGACCAGCACGCGGGAUCGCAGAUCGAGGUCGAGUACGGGAGCAAGGAUGCAGCAUUCGAGGCGGACAAGUCUGUCGAGCUCGAAGAGCGGGAAGAACUCCUGCCCAUCAGAGGGCAGCUGGCCGUGAGCAAGGUCGACUUGUACACGGUCUACGCGUCGGGCGCGCUGCUGGUGGCACUGGCUGUUGGUUUUCUGCGGCAGGCUGCAUGGUGCGACAAGUUUCUGAGGCUCCAGUACGCGAGCGUGGAGUCGCCGGGGAAGUACGACAUAGGGAUAGACGAUGCCUACAUCGUCGGCACGUUCGUGGUCGUGCUGUGCCUGGUCCGCUCGAGCCUGCUGGAGUUUGUGCUCAAGCCGCUCGCGCACUACAAGUUCCGGAUCUCGUCGGGUAAGAUACAACAGCGAUACGGCGAGCAGAGUUGGUCGAUGCUGUACUACACCGCGUCGUGGGUGACGGGCUUCUACCUGUACUACCACUCGCCCUACUUCCUGAACUGCGACCACAUCUAUCUGAACUGGCCGCACGACAAGAUGGCCGGCGUCUUCAAGGUGUACUACCUGGUGCAGAUCGCAUCGUGGCUGCAGCAGAUCAUCGUGCUCAACGUGGAGGAGAAGCGCAAGGACUACUGGCAGAUGUUUGCGCACCACAUAAUCACGGUCGCGCUGACCACGGGGUCGUACUACUAUUACUUCAACCGCAUUGGCCAUGUGAUUCUGAUUAUCAUGGACGUGGUCGAUAUCUUGCUCUCCAGCGCCAAGAUCCUGAAGUACUGUGGCUUCUCUGUUGCCUGUGACUACAUGUUUGUCGUUUUCCUGGGCUUCUGGGUCGUGUUGAGGCACGGGGUGUACAAUUACAUUCUACACCACGCGUGGGCCAAGUCGCGAGGGCUCAUGCAGAACCAGCGGUGCGGGGUACACGCCCCUGGCACGCGCUGCUGGACUCCGCUGGUGAUCGAUAUCUUUGUGCUCCUACUGGCAGGGUUGCAACUGAUCACAGUGAUCUGGUCUUUCCUCAUUGUCAAAGUAUUUAUGAAAGUUAUCAGGGGAAGCGGUGCAGAGGAUGUGCGCAGUGAUGACGAGGAAUAG